AGGGUCCGUUUCAAGAAACAAUUGUUGACUGAAACAAACACCUCAGCCACGACAACCACAAAGGUGUCACAACUUUUAACCAGAGGAGUCAUUGAAGAAUUUUACCAAUGGGACAGUUGCUACUUUUGAUCAUAAUUUUAUUAAUCUCCCUCCCGCUUUGACUUGAAACGUCUUGGACCUCGGGAGGGAGGAAUACAGUCCCGUGUUUCUAAAUAGUUUUUGUUUGAUUGAACUGUCUACCAACUGGAUUUAACUCUUAAGUAAUUGAAGAAAAUGAAUUCCGCACGAUUUGAAUACGAGGCCCCAGCCCCCUGGUAACAGUACUUAGUAUUGAAUCCCCACUCCCAGCCCAGACAAUGCUGGCCUGCCCCAACUUCCAGGUAUUCUGAUACCCUGUGGAUCCCAGACCUGUCCUGACUCGAUCCCCCUCCAGCCUCGCUGCUGCUCACCCACAGAGGAAGACAACUGAGAAGAAAGUUAGUCGCUGCACAGAGGAGUUUAGAGAGGGGGGGAAGGGGCAGAACGGGCGGCAUGAGCAGGUCACCUUCCUGGAUAACAAAGACAAGAUGGCAUCGAAGAAGAAGACUGGAGUGAUAGUGGGAGUCCUCAUCGCUCUGCUUGUCUUGGCAGCCGUGACAGGAAUCCUCAUCUGGUUCUUUGUUAGCAGGGAGUCUGCGGCCACCAUAAGUAUGAAGCGUGUCCCAGCUCAGCGGGUGUAUAGCGGGCACAUGAAGCUGGACAAUGUGCCCUACAACCAGAAUCUGGAGGACCCCACCAGCACAGAAUUCAACAAGCUGGCAGACGACCUGGAAGAGAUUCUUAAGAUCAACUACAAACAAGUUGAGUUCCUCUCCAAGUACUACACCACAUCUGUGGUGACUGCCUUCAGUGAGGGGGUGCUGGCCUACUACUGGACCCAGUUUGACAUCCCGGCAGCGGACCUGGAGAUACUGCCAGAGUUCUCUGAGGAGCGGGUCCUGGAGGUGCUGUGGAACGGCAUCAGGGAGCAGGGCAAACGCUCCGGCCAGAGCCUCCACAUCAGCCAAGUCACUGCCUCACGCACAGACCCCAGGAUGGCCAGGAACCCCAGAGCCGAUUACGAGUGUUUCUUCCGGUUGGAGGCUAGCACUUUAGCUCAGAGCUUCCAGUCUCCAGGCUUUCCAGAUCAGUACCCGGCCCAGUCCCGCUGCCAGUGGCAGAUCAGAGCCCCGGAACAGAACGCCAUCUCAGUCCGCUUCUCCCACUUUCACAUAGAGGACGACUGCUCCGAUGACUUUGUGUCCAUCUACGACUCCCUCAGCCCGGAUGAGUCCCAGGCCAUCACUCACAAGUGUGGUCAGAGGCCUCCCAGCAAUCCCCUGGAGGUGGUGUCGUCCAGUAACAUCAUGCUCAUCAACCUUGUCACCGACAGUGCUGUCCAGAGGCCUGGCUUCAGUGCAGAGUACUCAAUCAUCCCCCUAACAACAUCCAAAAGUUGUGGAGGAGUCCUGAAGGAUGCUCAGGGAAACUUUAGCUCUCCCCAUUACCCCAGCUUCUAUCCCCCAGCCCUGGACUGCAAGUGGACCAUUGAGGUCCCUGCAGGGAAGCAGGUACGUGUGAAGUUCACCAUGUUCCGUAUGAAGGAGCCGAGAGUGGACGUCAGGGUGUGUCACAAAGACUACAUAGAAGUCAUGGGCACCAAGUACUGUGGGGAGUUGUCUUCUCUGGCCCUUACCAGUACCACCAGCUCUCUGGUUGUGAUGUUCCACUCUGACGAGUCCUUCACAGACAAAGGCUUCCAGGCUCAGUACAACGCAUACGAUCCUUCCAACCCUUGCCCCAACCAGUUUGCCUGUGGCUCUGGGUUCUGUAUCAAGAAGGAGCUGCAUUGUGAUGGCUGGAACGACUGUGGGGACAUGAGUGAUGAAAUGAACUGCAAAUGUGAAAAGGACCAGUUUGCCUGUGACAACGGGAUGUGCAAGCCCAAGUACUGGGUGUGCGACCGUGUCAACGACUGUGGUGACGAGAGUGAUGAGAAGCACUGCAGCUGUGCUAAGAAUGAGUGGAGGUGUGGUGACGGGACCUGUUUGCCUCAGGAUGUGGUGUGUGACACUAAGACGGACUGUGUGGAUGGGAGUGACGAGGCUUCCUGUACCGUCUCUCCUGGCACCUGCUCUGACUUCAGCUUUAAGUGUAAGAACGAGGCGUGUGUGAACAAGGUGAACGCUGAGUGUGACCGGGCCAAAGACUGCACCGACGAAUCCGAUGAGGAGGGCUGCGACUGUGGCGUCCGGCCAUAUAAGCUUAACCGUAUUGUGGGCGGAGAGAAUGCGCAGCUGGGGGAGUGGCCCUGGCAAGUGAGCCUGCACUUCCAGACCCGUGGGCAUGUGUGUGGCGCGUCAAUCAUCUCCAACCGCUGGCUCCUGUCUGCCGCCCACUGCUUCAAGACCAUCAGCCCUGAAAACCACAUGGCCUCCAACUGGCAGACGUACAGUGGCAUGCAGGACCAGUAUAAGCAGGAUACUGUUCAGAGAAGAUCGGUGAAGACCAUUAUCACCCACCCAGACUACAACCAGAUGACCUAUGACUACGACAUCGCCCUGCUGGAGCUGAGCCAGCCGCUGGAGUUCACCAACACCAUCCACCCCAUCUGCCUACCCGCACGCUCCCACCUCUUCCCUGCUGGCAUGUCCUGUUGGGUUACAGGCUGGGGCACGCUCCGUGAAGGAGGUUCCAUAGCACGGCUGCUGCAGAAGGCGGAGGUGAAGAUCAUUAACGACACGGUGUGUAACGUGGUCACCGAAGGUCAGGUCACAUCCAGGAUGCUCUGCUCCGGCUUCCUGUCCGGAGGAGUCGACGCCUGUCAGGGAGACUCGGGGGGUCCCCUGGUGUGCUUCGAGGAAAGUGGAAUGUGGUUCCAGGCAGGCAUCGUGAGCUGGGGUGAGGGCUGCGCUCGUCGGAACAAGCCAGGCGUCUACUCGCGCGUCACCAAGCUGAGAGAUUGGAUCCGCAAGAACACGGGGGUUUGAUGAUGAGGGGAUAUGGGGGCAGCGGGUAGACAGUUUGAGGGUCUGACAAGACAAAAAAUAAGGAAUAUGGAACAUUGCGUCUGAUUGAGGACGAGUCCCCCCCAUGAUGACCAGAGCUAUCCAUCCAUCUAGCCUCGACCAGCCUCCGACACCCACUGAGGGCCUGCAUGGUGCUAGCUACUGCUCAGACGAAGGAUUUCAAAUGGGUUUGGGAUUAGGUUUUUAUGCUGUACUGAUGCAACCCUUGUUCUCGAAAGCACCGAGGACCAGCAAGACUCCUGCACCUCCAUCAAUCAUCUCAUGUUCCACUGGUUUGAUUAAUAUUCUCCCAGUGUAAAUAAUGGAAGAUGUAUAUUUUGAGGACACACUUUGUUUUUGGUGGUAUUUUCCUAGUCUCCACCAUUGUUAUGAUGUGAGAUCACAUCUUCUGUUGGGCAGACAGACAUGCCAAAUGAACUGAGGGAAUCAGAAAUAGAACAGAAAUAGAAUAGAUAUAAAAUAAAUAUUUUAGUGUAGUUUUUUUACAAUGUAUUUCUUUACCAGCUGUUUUCACCUGACAAAUUUCACUUAAAGUGCCUUGACAAGAACAUGGAAUGUUUUAUAAGUGAGUGUGAUAUUAUUAAUGCAGAGAUGCAUGGAAUCUUGAGUUCUAACAAAGAUUGUUUAUUGCAGUGCCUUCAGAAUCAAUUCAUACCCUUUGAUUUAUUCCACAAUUUUUUUACAGCCUGAAUUAAAAAUGAAUUAAAUAUAAACAAAAAUCACCCAUCAACACACAAUACCCCAUAAAUGCAAAGUGAAAACCUAUUUUUAGAAUUUGAAUACAUAAUUUACAUAUGUAUUCACACCCCUGAGUAAAUUCAUAUUAUAAUUACCUUCGGCAGAGGUUACAGCUGCGAGUCUUUCUUCGUAAGUCCCUAUGAGUUUUCCAUACCUGGAUUGUACAAUAUUUGCACAUUAUUCUUUUCAAUAUUCUUCAAGCUCUGUCAAGUUGCUUGUUGAUCAUUACUAGACAACCAUUUUCAAGUCUUGCCAUAGGUUUUCAAGCAGAUUUUAAUUCGAAACUGUCACUAAGCCACUUAGGAAUAUUCAAUGUCGUCUUGGUAAGCAACUCCAGUGUAUAUUUGGCCUUGUGUUUUAGGUUAUUGUCCUGCUGAAAGGUGAAUUUGUCUUCCAGUGUCUGUUGGAAAGCAGACCAAAGCAGGUUUUCCUCUAGGAUUUUGACUGUGCUUAGCUCUAUUCAAUUUUGUCCCCCCCCCGAAAAACUCCCAAGCCCGAGCCAAUGACGAGUGUAACCGAUGUAAAAUGGCUAGCUAGGUAGCGGGGUGCGCGCUGAUAGCAUUUCAAUCGGUGAUGUCACUCUCUCUGAGACCUAGAAGUAGUUCCCCUUGCCCUGCAAGGGCUGCGACUUUUGUGGAGCGAUGGGUAAUGAUGCUUCGAAGGUGGCUGUUGUCGAUGUGGACAGAGGGUCCCUGGUUCAAGCCCAGGUAGGGGCGAGGAGAGGGAUGGAAGCUAAACUGUUACACGAGCAUACCCAUAACAUGAUGCAGUCACCACGAUGCUUGAAAAUAUGAAGUGUUACCCAGUGUUGGAUUUGUCCCAAACAUAACUCUUUGUAUUCAGGAUAUACAUUUAAUUUCUUUGCCAUUUUUUUGCACUUUUACUUCAGUGCCUUAUUGAAAACAGGAUGCAUGUUUUCCAAUAUUUGUAUUCUGUACAGGCUUUCUUCUUUUCAGUCUGUCAUUUAGGUUAGUAGUGUGGACUAACUACAAUGUUGGUGAUCCAGCCUCAGUUUUCUCCUAUCACAGCCAUCACUCCUAUCACUCUAAAUGUUUUAAAGUCACCAUUGGCCUCAUGGUGAAAUUCCUGAGCUGUUUCCUUCCUCUCUGGCAACUGAGUUAGGAAGGACGCCUGUAUCUUUGUAGUGACUGGGGGUAUUGAUACACGAUCCAAAGUGUAAUUAAUAACAUCACCAUGCUCAAGGGGAUAUUCAAUGUCUGCUUUAAAAAAAAUAUGUUUUAUUGCACACAGAGUGAAAAAUAAUGUAAUGGGAAAUGAUGACUGCGAUCUGCUUGAUCUAUUACCUAGUGCAUAAGUUGAAUGCAGAUAUUUAUUUUAAAAAGUACACGUUUCCAAAAACAACUGUAUUGAAAAAUCAUACCGAGCGUAUUUCUAAAUACCUCGGGAUACGGUAUACUGCUCAACCCUAGCUAUCUACAUUUUUAAAGUAGUCAAUUUUCUUCUUUAUUGGCUGAUUGCUCCCAACUCUAGAAUCCCCACCCAGUUGACUCAUUUAAAAUGGUGGAAGCCCCCAAAUGAUAAACGGGUUAUAUCUAUUAUGAUGUCCUCUGUGACAACAGGCACAACUCCGAUAUAAAGUGGUUUUGGGGUAAAUUGCAGAAAGGCCACAUGCUUCCACUUAUAUCAGUGCAUUCGUAAUAAUCUAACCAAUACAAAACUUCUAUUUGAUCAAAUAAGCGUCACGUAGCAAAUUAGCAAUACAUGUUUGUUGACCAAAUUCGACACCUCAUGGACAGAUUUUGACCAGAGUAAAACCUCGCUUCACCUCUUCCCCUCUGAGGGUCAAUGGGCACAGUGCAAUUCGGAGGUUCCUAUCAAUUUCUAUAGAUGCUGCGGCCAUUUCCCUCACAUUAGUAUUCUAGGAGAACCCCAUAUACAGGCUAGCUAAAAUGGUCUCCAUUUGCCAGUUGAGCUGAGGGUGAUUCGGGUCUUCACUCCCCUACGCACGGCAGCUCAAGAAAAUCAAUUGGGUUUAGCUGUUUGCACGGUGCAACACAAUGAGUUCUUCUCACCCCUUUCAACAGUGGACUUCUUAUUGGACAAUCCUGGUCCUGCUUUUAACUGAUUUUUCAUUGGUUUUCUUUCACUCUAUUUUGGCUUGUGUUUGUAUUUGUACAUUUACUGUGACUUCAAAACCUAAAGCUCUCCGUUGUUUGUAAAUGUUGAUGUGCUGAAAAUAUUUUAAUUGUUAAAGGUGGACGAUAAUGUUGGGCUAUUUGUUUUUAUGGUCCCUAACAUUGGCACAAUGCUGGGUAAUAUGGAGUGUAAUAAAGGUAUAUGUUUCAGAACAUGGGUUGAAGGGGCCAAAAGCGACUCUUUAAAUAAUAAAUGUGAGCUGUUACUGUGUGUAGUUAAAUAAAGGUAACAUUUAUAUUG